AUGACGCCCCCGGGCCACAAACCAGAACAAAUCGUCUCACCCGAAGUUCGUUUCAAUGAGAUAAUAUGCAAUAGCACUGAUCCACAGAUAUACUUUGAAAAAUGUUACAUUUCAAAGGUGAAUAAGUCGACAACAACAUUAACAAUGCACCAAAAACUGCUGCAGCCCAUCUACACUGCUUAUUGCAACAUCUCGGUGAUACAGCUCUCGAACAGCCUCAAUCGUGUGUGGUACAAAUUCACCAACAUCGAUGCUUGCGGUUUCUUCAAGAAGCGCCGUAAUCCAGUGCUGAGAAUACUUUUUUCAACUUUCCAAGAGUUCAGCAAUAUCAAUCAUACCUGCCCGUAUAAAGACUACCUAAUAUUCAAUGACUUAGCUAUCGAUGAUCGAAAGCUAGCUCCCAUACCAGCUAUGCCCGGGGACUAUGUGGUACAAACAGAUUGGCGGUUGAACGGGAUAAAUACGGCACAAGUCAUUGUAUUUAUUCGUUAUACUCGUAACGGUUUUACUAACGGUUUAAAAUAA